AUACUUUAUACAUGAAUUGUUUUCUCUCUACUCGACAUAUUCAGAGAACUCAGGUGUGAAGAUGGAAAAUGUUACUGAAGCUCAAGAGAACCGGACUUGGACUGACCAAAUAAUCGAAUACAAAGUGGUGAGCACUUUGUUAGUUUUCGUGAUAUGCGCCUUGGGGAUCGUUGGUAAUGUUAUGGUGAUCUUAGUGGUGCUUACUACUAAACACAUGAGGACACCCACCAACUGCUACCUGGUGAGCUUGGCCGUUGCAGAUCUCAUCGUAUUAACUGCGGCGGGUUUACCGAAUAUCACGGACAGCAUCUUCGGGUCUUGGGUGUUCGGCCACUCAGGAUGUCUCGGCAUCACCUACCUCCAGUACCUGGGAAUCAAUGCAUCGUCCUGCUCUAUCACCGCCUUUACCAUCGAAAGGUACAUUGCUAUUUGCCACCCGAUAAAAGCCCAGUUUCUGUGCACACUGUCCAGAGCCAAGAAGAUAAUUUUGUUUGUCUGGGUUUUCACUUUACUUUACUCCGUCAUGUGGUUCUACCUGUCAGAUAUCAAAGAAGAAGUAUAUGAGAACGACGUAACCAUCGUGACCUGCGGCUACAAAGUUUCAAGACAACUCUAUUUGCCCAUUUACUUUUUGGAUUUCGGGAUCUUUUUUGUUGUUCCGCUUAUGCUGGCCACCAUUCUGUAUGGUCUCAUCGCCAGAAUCCUGAUCAUGAAUCCGUUACCUUCUGAUCACAAGGAAAAAAGUACAAAAGGACACAGCAACACAAGAAAGGGAUGUAAAAACUCCCGCCACACCAGCACUACCGCGGCUUCUCGGAGACAGGUGACCAAGAUGCUGGCUGUGGUGGUGAUACUGUUCGCUGUGCUGUGGAUGCCCUACCGCACCCUGGUGGUGGUCAACUCCUUCCUGGAGCAGGCCUACCUGGACACCUGGUUUAUCCUGUUCUGUCGGAGCUGUGUCUACCUCAACAGCGCAAUCAACCCCAUCAUCUACAACGCUAUGUCGCAGAAGUUCCGUGCCGCCUUCCACAAGCUCUGCCUCUGCGGGCGGAAAGGCUCUGAGAAGCCCACCGGCGGCACGUACAGCGUGGCGCUCACCUACAGCGCGGUCAAGGACACGUCUAUGGUGGAGACUACGGACCAAUUCACCACAGAGCUGGACGAGAUCACGGUCACCGGUGAGUUACUGCCUGACAAGAAGAUGGUGUUUCAGGACACCUGUGUGUACGGCAAGGUAACUUUCAGCAAUGACUGAUGUUGUAAUGUCCAGGUUCAGGGUUCAGUCACUGAAGAGGACAGCUCCUCUAAGCGUUGAGAGACAGCUUUGGAGAUGCUGAAGUUUUUGGUGUGAACAGACUACAGUUUGGAGCCAUUGGUGUGUCUGGUCUGUCAAGUGUGAAAACAGUGUCCUGGGUGAAGCUAACAAGACCUUUUCGUCUCCAAGAGGCUGUCCCUGCCUGAGAUGUGAAUACAUUAUU